CCUUCCCCUCUGCGGCUGGUGCGAAGCUUUGGCCUCAAGCUUCUCUUCUCCGCCCUUCUUUUCUUCGCUUUAGUUUAUCGGUGAAAAGAGAGGAGGGGAUCCGCCAAAAAGGACAAGAUUCUCCGUCUCCUCUCCUUUUCUUUCUCCUUCUUUUCCUCUAUUAUGCCUUUGUCUUUACCUCCUGACCUAAUUUUUCCCCUCCCCUGCUGUUCGAUUUGUCCUCCUCUCUAUCUUCAUCCCUCGUUUCUAUCAUCUCCUCUAGUCUAAUCUCGUGUAAGAUCGUCGCUUGCCUUCUUGUUUUGUCCAAUUGAUUUAUCUGCGAUUCUUUGAUUUUGAAUUUGUUUUUCCCACUGGCUUGGUAUGUCUUGUUUCUGCGUUUUGUUCCGUUUCUGCGCUGAUUUGUUUUUGUUUUCAUAAAUCUGGGAUUUGUUGAUAAGAAUUUGUCGUUGGAUUGUAGAUUUACUGUUGGAUAUCGGUGUGCAAGUGUGGGAAUCUUGUGAUGCUUCUUUUCCUUGCUUCAUCUCCACGAUCUGUGAAUUUUGACGACUUGGAAUUCGCUUUCACUUACGUAAUUCGCUGCAUGCUUCUUCCAUUGGACGUUUUCUUAUUAUUUCGAUCCUCGCCGUUCCAUUACCUGGAAGCCUUGGCUUCAAAAUCGCAAUUUUUUGACUCGAAAUCAGUGCUGACUGGUGCGUUCCUGUUGAAGCAACCAUUCCUGGUAAAUUUUGAUAUACUGAUUGCCUGAAGCAAGCAUAAUUGGGAUGAAUUGGUGAUUGGGUUCCGGUAUUUCAUCUCCUGCCGCUGGCAAAAUUCUAGUUUUGGAGCCGAGGAGAGGAAAGGGCUUUGUUUGGGGUUAAGGGAGUCCAAGUAAAAUAAAGCUUCUAAUGGCUGACCGCAGUCGUACAUUCUCGAUCGAAGAGCUGCCGGCACAUUUAAUUCUGGAGAUAUUGAGCUCAGGCCGUCUGGGUGCUGCUGACCUUGCAUGCUUGGAAACAACAUGCCAGAUGUUCAGGGGAAGCCAUGGGAUUUGCCCCAGCAAAUUCCGGUCGAUGGUUGAAUUUGCGGCAUUCCACAUCUGCCAGGCACACUCGAUUUUUACUUCCCUGCAUCCAAAUGCACGGAAAGAUCUUCUUGAUCGCUGUGGUGGGAACUGGAAGAAGGUUCUGAGGUUCUUGCAGUCUGUGGAGCAGUCUUCUGGAACCAUUGAGACAUCAACAGGCAAUAUGCAGGUUACUACAGGAAGAUACCAUACACUCUUAAUUCAUGAUUCAUCAGUCUACGCUUGUGGGUCCAGUAUAUGUGGAGUGCUUGGUCAUGGUCAAGAUACCACUCAGUGUGUGGCAUUUAGCCGUGUUAAUUUUCCCUCCCUUUCUCGUGUAAUCCAUGUUUCAGCCUCUCACAACCAUGCAGCAUUUGUUAUGCAGUCUGGAGAGGUGUUUACUUGUGGAGAUAAUUCAUCAUUUUGUUGUGGCCAUGGAGAAGUACGGCGCACGAUAUUUAGGCCUACUCGUAUUGAAGCACUGAAUGGGAUUCCCUGCAAGCAGGUUGCCACUGGGCUGAGUUUCACAAUAAUACUUACAAGGCAAGGUCAAGUUUACACAUGUGGAAAUAACGCACAUGGCCAGCUUGGACUUGGUGAUACUAUAGACAGGCCUACUCCUAGGAAUGUUGAGCUGUUUGAAGGUCUUGGUCGUGUAGUUCAGGUUGCUGCAGGUUCAAGUUACACCUUUGCUGUAACAGAAGAUGGGACAGUUCAUUCUUUUGGUUCUUGUAGCAAUUUUUGUUUAGGCCAUGGUGACCAGCAUGAUGAACUUCUUCCUCGGGCAAUACAGUCAUUCAAGAGGAGGAAUAUCCAUGUAGUACGUGUUUCUGCAGGUGAUGAACAUGCAGUGGCACUUGAUUCUAGUGGAUAUGUUUACACUUGGGGUAGGGGCUAUUGUGGUGCCCUAGGCCAUGGUGAUGAGAAUGACAAGACGAACCCAGAAUUAUUGUCUAGUCUGAGGGGCCAUCUAGCUGUGCAGGUUUGUGCAAGGAAAAGAAAAACUUUUGUUCUCACGGACAUGGGCUCUGUUUUUGCUUUUGGAUCGAUGGGUUUUGGGAGUUUAGGCUUUUCCGAUCGGGGAAGCUCAGACAAAGUUAUGAAGCCCUGGAUCCUCGAUAGCCUCCGGUCCCACUACAUCUCUCAGAUUAGCACUGGCCUGUAUCACACUGUUGCGGUCACCAACAGAGGUCUGGUGUUCGGGUUUGGGGACAAUGAAAGAGCUCAGCUUGGGCAUGAGCGGAUAAGAGGCUGCCUAAAACCAACAGAAAUUAUGGUUCAAAGGACAGUAGAUGAUAUUGCUAUUGCAGCAAAAAGUGGGUGAGAAUAGAAGACGCCUUUGACCCAAAUGAAGUGUGCAUGUUGUAGUAUUAGUUCUGUUUACUAUGCUUUUGUUUAGCUCGUAAGGAAUUUGUAAUUAUCUUGGAUCAUAUUCUAUUAUCCAUGUAGUUUGAUGGGAAAGUCAAGCUGACAGUUAUUCUUGCAGUUAAAGAAGAACAGUAUUGCUAGUCGCAGAUGUGUUCAAGUAUCAAAGGAAAUUGCAUCAUGUUUCAGUUUAUUCCUAAGAUGAUUUAGUGUCUGAUCUUUUCUAAAACCAGUCUCCAGAUGAAGUUACAUUACAUGAAAGCUUAAAAAUUGCCUGUCAUUAUUACUGUUUUGCAAUUGUUACCAUGUUGGAACUAUUUUACCCGCCUAGGUAGUUGGAACAAAAUUGCAGAUUAUCAGAUUCUGAAAAUGACACCCUUCAAUGGGUGAAUUUAGAAUUUGUUGUCAAAAAACUCUGCUAGGUUCUGUCAUUAUGUGUGCUUGCUGACAUGCUAAGAACUGCAAUUUUCAAGUCUUCUUGUUACAGGCAAUUUAUAUUUACUAGUUGCUACUUGCUAGUUUUUGAUAAUUUUUACCUUUUUCUGUGCACAAAAGCGGGCUAUGCCCAUGGUGUCAUUCAUAGAGUGAAAACGUACAGGUAAUAUUUACACAACCAAAACACAUGGGUGCCAACAUAAUGGUAAACCAGUAUGCAAAAGAACCCAUCUGGCAAGUACAAAUGCUUCCCAACGCGUGGAUGCAGUAGUAUGAAAGCAAAUGCAAUCAGAUAAGGCAUCAUGUCCAAUCAGCUUCCCUCUCAGAGGCAAUUCGCAUAACGUUUGAAGAAAGAAAGGUUGUUGACAUGACCGGGAACAAUAAAUUGUUGGGAAACUGGUUCCCAGAAUAUGUGGAGUUAUGUGGAGCACUUUUUGGGAACACCAUGAACGUGUUCAAAGAUUUCAGACGGGACUGGUACAACAUCCAUAUUCUGAAGGGAAGUCUAAACUAUGAAUUUUAGCUGAUCAUGAUCUCCAUGUCCAUUGGGUCAAUUGUUAAAGCUUCUACAGUACAGCAUUCAACAUAGCUAUAUGCCUCUUUUCAGGUUUAGAGUUCAUAUGGUUGCGAACCGUAGAAGGAGACAAGUCAUUCUGCAGAAAGAUCUGUCUUUAUUUUAGUGUUCCUGGGCAGAAAAGCCUCUCAUCUUGAUUUAAUUUGUUCACUAUUUUUAAGAAAAGUGGGCUGUAGUGAGAUGGGUUCGGUUGAUAAUGUGAAUGACAUCGUGGAGGUAUGUUGGGA